GUUACUGACUGGAUCAUCUUACCAAACUGUUUGUAUAAAAAGGGAAACCAGUCGUGACUACUUUUAUCAAAACAGGAGUUCACCAAACGAAAUUGUUGGUCUCAUAAGAGCAGGAUUCUUCUGCAAUACAGAGUGAAAAUGGUGGACUAUGAAGUAACUGUGUACACCACUGAUGUACCCACUGCCACCACUUUCAACAACGUCUUCAUUAAGCUGGUGGGCACAGAUGGAGAAAGUGAACGCAAGUGGCUCGUAAGCUUCAAAGGGGCUGCAUCCUUCGUCAGAGGAGCAGUGUCUAAUUUUACUGUAUCCUGCCCUGCCUCCAUCGGAAAGCUGAUUCUGGUAGAGCUAGACAAACAGUCUCUGCUGCUGUUCCCAAAAGACUCUUGGUUCCCUGCCAAUGUAAAAGUGAAGUCUCCUGAGGGAGACACCUACAACUUCCCCGUCUACCGGUGGAUAACCGACAGUGAGGUGCAUCGCUUCAGAGAGGGGAAAGCCCUGAGAAUCUUCGACGACAACCAUCAUCUUGGCAGGUACAGCCGAGAGCAGGAGCUGAACCAGCGAGAGAAAGACUACCGCUGGCAUGUGUAUGUAGAGGGAAUACCCCACUACAUGAAGACAGACAACCCUCUUUCUCUGCCUUGUGAGGUUCGCUUCUCCUUCACCAAAACUACAGAGUUUCUCUACACUGCAUCUACAGGGCUGACUGAGCUGCAGCUGAAGGGUCUGGUUGAUUGCAAGAAGAACUGGACUGAUAUCGAUGACAUCAAUCGGGUGUUCUGCUGCAAACGGACAGAAAUAUCAGAAUAUGUCCAGGACCACUGGAAAGAUGAUGAUUUUUUUGGCUACCAGUUUCUAAAUGGUGUCAACCCCAUGUUGAUCCGACGUUGUUCAGCCCUGCCCCAUAAUUUCCCUGUCACUGAUGACAUGGUCUUCCUCCGGGGUCAGGAUAGCCUGGCAAACGAAAUGAAGAAAGGCAACAUAUUCCUGUGUGACUACAAGCGUUUGGACGGACUGAAGACAAACACCAUCAAUGGGAAGAAGCAGUAUUUGAUGGCUCCACUCGUUCUUCUGCACAAAACACCUGAUGAUACGCUGAUGCCAAUUGCUAUUCAGCUGAAGCAGACUCCAGCAGAAGACAAUCCCAUCUUCUUUCCAACUGAUUCUGAGUACGACUGGUUGCUGGCCAAGAUUUUCGUGAGAAGUGCAGAUUUCAGCGAGCAUCAGCUCAACGUUCACCUGCUGCGCACUCAUCUGCUGGCUGAGGUUUUUGCAGUGGCACUGCUGCGCAAUGUGCCCAUGGUGCAUCCACUCUACAAGCUCCUCAUACCUCACACUCGCUACACUCUGCAGAUCAACCACUUAGCUCGUCUUCUUCUAAUAUCUGAAACGGGAGUUUUCACACAGUUUGCAGCUUCUGGUGGGGAGGGUAUGAUGACACUCCUGAAGAGAUCCCUGUCCUCGUUGACCUACAGCUCCCUCUGUGUACCAGAUGACAUUGCUGAGCGCGGACUUGAGGAUUUGCCGAACUUCUACUACAGAGAUGAUGGGCUCAGGCUUUGGGAAAUAAUCCAUGGUUUUGUGCAGGGAGUGCUCAGCUACUACUACAAGAAUGAUGCUGAGGUCCUAAAAGACUCUGAACUGCAGAAGUGGAUUAUUGACAUUUUUGAACACGGAGUCCUUUCCCAAACGGGCACAGGAUUUCCGCAAAGCUUGACCACCGUGGAUGAGUUGGUCAAGUUUGUCACCAUGGUGAUCUUCACUUGUUCAGCACAGCAUGCAGCUGUCAACUCUGGGCAGUAUGACUAUGGUGGCUGGAUGCCCAACACUCCCAUCUCCCUGCAACUUCCUCCACCAACCACAAAAGGGACAACAAGUGAGGCCACGAUGCUGAAGACAUUCCCUGAUGUCAACACCACAGCUCAGGGAAUGGCCACCAUGUGGCUUCUCAGCAAGCAGUCCACUGACUUUGUGCCUCUUGGACAUUAUCCAGAAGACCAUUUCAGUGAGGAGAUUCCCACCAAGGUGAUUGAAGAUUUUCAAGGACAGCUUCACAUUUUAAGUGCAGCCAUCAAAGUCAGAAACAAGAGUCUGAAAGUCCCGUACACAUACAUGGACCCGACAGAGGUGGAAAACAGUGUGGCAAUUUGAAAAUGAAAGUAAAUAUUCACAAAAGAGACAAAGGGAGGAGCUGCAUGUUUUUAAAGUAUCGUACUGUGCAGCUUCUUAUGUUUUUUUGGGGUUUUUUUUUUUUGGAAACAUUUAACUAAUAUUUAGAUUGUUUUUUUUUUGUUGUUGUUGAUUUCAGUUUCUUCUUAACAUGUUAGAAAUGAGGAAACACAGUCUCACAUUCUUCAUAAUGACUUAAAAUGAGUUGAGUUUAAAUGAAACUUCCUAAUGAUUUGUAACUAUAUUCUGCCUGUUCUUCAUAUUAUAGAAAUGUGUUAUUUUUGUUGUAGUGUGUAGCUUUAGAAUGAAUUUGUGCUUUUAAUACUUUCUCAAUCAUUACCAUGCACUGUUACUACAAUCUGCUAAGUAAACUGUGACCACAUUUCCUCACCAAAAUAAAGUGUCAAUUAUGGCUACAUAAUUAUGA